UGGACCUGGCCCUAGAUCAUCUUCUGGUAGAUCUUAAGUCUGUGAAGUCCAAUGGGGUCUGGAGGAGGAGAAGAAGAAGAAGAAGAAGAAGAAGAAGAAGAAGAAGAAGAAGAAGAAGAAGAUCUGCCCAGGCAGCUAUAAAUGUGUUUGCAUGUUAACUGAAAGAUCAUAGUGUGUGUGUAUCUCCGAUCCUCGCUGAGGUCUCCACAUGGCAAUAGGACAGAAGCUGGCCGUGCAAGUUGCCGGGAGAGGCUGUAGGUGGAGGUGCUCUCCAGACACCGCUGACAUUCCUCUGCUGCAGCUACUCCUCUUCCCAGAUGGCACAAACCACUCAGGAAACCCACUCUACCAGGGUGCGCCGGGCUCUUGAGAAUGAGACAGAAUGCAUCUCACCACAGUCCUCCGAGUUUCCUGCCGGCUUCUUCACGGUGCAGGAGAGGAAGGAUGGAGGGCUCGUCAUUUAUUUCAUGAUCAUUUUCUACAUGUUUCUGGCUGUCGCAAUAAUCUGCGACGAUUACUUUCUGCCCUCCUUAGAAGUGAUCAGUGAACGUCUGGGACUGUCUCAGGAUGUAGCAGGAGCCACAUUUAUGGCAGCUGGGAGUUCUGCUCCUGAACUGGUCACAGCUUUCCUGGGUGUGUUUGUGACAAAGGGAGACAUCGGGGUCAGCACCAUCGUGGGAUCAGCAGUCUACAACCUGCUAGGAAUCUGCGGGGCAUGUGGACUCUUGGCCUCUAUGGCCGGGCGCCUCACUUGUUGGCCACUGUUCAGGGACUGCCUGGCAUAUGCCAUCAGCGUUUCUGCUGUUAUUGCCAUCAUUUCUGAUAACAAGGUGUACUGGUAUGACGCUGCCUGUCUGCUUCUGGUCUAUGGCGUCUACAUCGUGGUUCUGUGCUUUGACCUUCGCAUCAGUGAGUUUGUCCUCAGGAAGCUGAGCCCUUGCUGCACCUGCCUGGGCAACGGAUCUGUUGAGAAGACUGAGACACAGACUCUGAUGGGCUGGGGCAAAGAAACCAGUCUGCGAGUCCACAGUCGCUCCAGAACAGACAGUGGGAUCUUUCAGGACGACUCGGGAUACUCUCACCUGUCCCUCAGCCUGCAUGGACUCAAUGAGAUUCCUGAAGCAGAGCAUAAAAGUGUGUUUGCCGUGCCGGAGAGCGACCUGAAACGCAUCCUCUGGGUUCUGUCUCUGCCCAUCAUCGCUCUGCUCUUCCUGACUAUCCCUGACUGCAGGAGAAGGUUCUGGAAGCGAUGGUUCAUGAUAACCUUCCUCAUGUCGGCCGUCUGGAUCUCAGGUUUCACAUACAUUCUGGUGUGGAUGGUCACUAUUGUCGGAGAGACCCUUGGCAUCCCUGAUACAGUUAUGGGACUCACUCUGCUUGCUGCUGGAACCAGUAUACCUGACACCAUAGCCAGUGUCAUGGUGGCCAGAGAAGGGAAAGCGGACAUGGCCAUGUCCAACAUUGUGGGCUCUAAUGUUUUCGACAUGUUGUGCCUGGGCCUGCCUUGGUUCAUCAAGACUGCCUUUGUGGACACCGACAACCCUGUAGAGGUCAACAGCACCGGACUGGUCUUCAUUUCCGCAACGCUCCUCCUUUCGAUAGUCUUCCUUUUUGUAGCUGUUCACAUUAACGGAUGGAAGCUGGACUGGAAGUUGGGACUCGUUUCGCUCUUCUGCUACAUCAUGUUUGCCACUCUGGCCAUCUUGUACGAGCUGGGGAUUAUUGGGAAUAAUCCCAUAAAACUGUGCAGUGACUGAGAUCUGAUCUCCCCAGGACUGAAGCCAUAUUAUCAAACAGACUCAAACAGCAGUCCAAAAACACAAAAAAAAUUUAAGCAAAGGACGCAUGGCCACAUACAAAGAUAUAGUGCCAUGGAAGAGUGUGCUGUCAUGAAGAGGAUGAUCUGCAGUUAUAAUAUAAUGUAUAUUUCACUUGUGAGUUUGUGUGCCAAAGAUCAUUCACUUGUGUUUGUCAGAUCCAGACCCGCCUCAUACAAGGACCCGUUAUCAAGUUCUGAGAUGUCUUCUGUCUUACUCAAGGCCCAUAAAGAGAAAAUGGGCCGACACAGAAGUGACUGCAGAGUUCAAAUGAAUACAGGACUGACGAGUCCGAGUCAACAAAUAAAUAAAACUAAACUCA